AUGGAAACCGAACGUAAACGUAAAGCAGAAGAUCAAGAAGAACCGCAUCAAGAAGAAGCACCUUCUAAACGUCCUGUUUUGGAGACUGAUUUUGCAUUGAGAAACGAUGACCAAGUUAAACAAGAACAAGAACCACAACAACAUCAAGUAGAACAACAAAAUUCAGAGGAACCCUUUUACGACGCCAUUACAGAGACGAAGGAAGAACAAGGCAAUCAAGAGUCUGCAAACGCUGUGGAAGAGGACCAAAAAGAAACAGCAGCAUCUAUCAACAAGGAUGAAGCCGAGAUUGAGCCCAAGGCAGAACCUUCUGUCGAUGUUAAGGUUGAUACCACACCCACUGCUACUGCUGCUGCUGCUGCUGCUGCUGCUGCUGCUCCUCUGGAGACCUUGGUUCCCUUUGAUAGAUUGAUCCUCAUCCACCUGGAAGCCACCUGCGACGAAAACCCAACAAACCCUGCUGCAGUUCAGGUUACCAAGGAGAAUUCAGAAAUCAUAGAGCUGUCAUUUGUUGUAGUUGAUGCUUCCAACUUGGAAGUGCUUCAUAAGCAACAAAUAUUUGUCAAACCUGAACGCACACCCCUCACAGCUUUUUGUAGCGAAGUUACUGGUAUUAAAUCAAGCAUGCUGGAGACUGCAGGAUCGUUGAGUGAUGCCGUCGUUGCCUUGGAUAAUUUUAUACAACACCAAGUCGAGCCCAAGAGUUUUUGCUUUGUUACUCAUGGUGGAUGGCCUCUUCGCAUUCAGCUGCCUCGUGAAGCGCGUGACAAGAAUAUCACCUUGCCCAACUACCUGUCAUUCUGUCGCAUGUUUGACUUGAAGCAGGAAAUCCAACGUUGGCAAGUACACCACCCUGAAGUCAGCUUACGAUCCACCUCCAUUCGCGACCUGUGCGAAAUCUUCGACCUGACUCGUGUCACUGAUCAAACUGUUGGCUUGAACAAUGCCUUGACUACAGUGGAGGUCUUGCGAUACCUUUUAGGAUUUCGUCAUGCCGAUGUUUUUGUACACCCUAUCGAUACCAAUGCGGAUCUCAAGCAAUUUAAAAAGGAGGAAUCUCAAGUGAUUCAUUUGGCUGGUCUGCCCUUUGAAGUGACUCAAGGUGAAUUAGAAGCUUGGUUCUCUUCCAACGGACUUCGACCCACGACCAUGUGGAUGAUUCAACCUUCGGAUAACUCAAAGCCUAGUAUUUCUGGAUUUGUUGUAUUUCAGCAACACGAUGACGCUAUGCGUGCGCUUGCACUGAAUGGUCGUUGCUUGGGUGAUCGUCCCAUUGAAGUCUGUCCUAGCUCUGCCAGAGUGAUUGAAGCUGCUGGCAACAUGCUGGUUCCUUUUCCUUUGCAGGCCAAGAGCAGACAGUUACGCCCUGGUGAUUGGAACUGCUUCAACUGCUCCUUCCACAACUUUGCUUCUCGUUUGUAUUGUUUCAAGUGUAAUGCUGAAAACCCCAAUCCAGGACCACAAGCUGGCCAAGGCCCACCUGCUCAGCCCUUUUCUCAUGGCGACUGGAUGUGUCCCUCUUGUAACUUCCACAAUUACUCCUCUCGUAUGCACUGCAAGAAAUGUGCUGGACCAAAGCCACCUAGACCGGCGAUGAAGGGUGCUAACAAGAAGCUGAUCAAUGGCCCGCCUAUGCAACAACCACCACCAUCGCAUCCUCAACCAUAUCCCAACAUACACAGUGGAGGUGCUCCUGGUGGACCCCCACCUCCCAAUGCUGGUUACCACGGUGGCUAUAACAGUGGUCCAAGACCUCACCAUCACAUCUCCUUCAGACCUGGUGAUUGGUAUUGUCCCAACCAAGCUUGUGGGUUCCAGAACUUUGCUUCUCGAAACACUUGUUUCCGUUGUCAUACACCUAAUCCAAACCAACAAGUGCCUAACCAACAGCAACAGGCCCCUAAUCAACAGCAACAGCAACAACCACAACACAGCCAAUAUUCUCCUCAUCAACCAAAUUAUGGAUAUUCGCCAGAACCGAAUAGCAAUCAAUCAGGUUAUAAUAUGGGUUAUGCGCAAGGAAAUGGCGGUGUGAAUGGCGGUGGAGGAGGCUACGGGUACAAUCAUGCUAGCGGCGGAUAUGGUAGCGGUGGUUAUGCUCCUCCUGGUGGAGGAUAUUCGGGUGGCGGUAAUAGUGGAGGGUAUUCGUACGGUGGGGGACAUCCUCCAAGUGGUAGCGGGUAUGCUUAUGGUGGAGUGCAUCAAGGUGGACCUCCAGGAGGCUCUGGUCCUCACAACACGCAAUUCAGAGCUGGCGAUUGGAUUUGUCCUUCCUGUAACUCUCAUAACUUUGCUUCUAGAUUCCAGUGUCUCAAAUGUAACACUGCAAAGCCAUACAACGCAACUGGAGCACCUCCAGCUGGAUACACCACAAGCACUCCUCCCAUGAAACCUGGAGAUUGGAUGUGUAGAAAUGAGAAUUGUUCUUUCCAUAACUUUGCCAAACGUACUCAAUGUGCCAAGUGUGGUAUGGCUAAUCCUAAUGCACAACAGCAGGAAGGUACAGGGAUUGGAGGAGGAUAUGGUGGAAAUUGA